CAGGUCUAAUUGAUGUGCGAACUUUUCACCAGACGAACACGGUCGCUUCUAUUCGGUUGCGAAUAAGUUUUAUAUCAAUCAAUUUCUGCCAAGGUAGGUACUUGAAUCUUCAAUAUUGGACUGUAAAUUUCCUCAAAUACGUAGUAGGGCUAUACAGUAGAUCAUUCGGCAGCAACAGUCACCCGGAACGAACCGUCCAAAUGCUGACGAACCAGAUCCAGCAGGCAGCCCGUAUUCUGGGUGCCCAAGCUCGUCGUAACUAUGGAGUGACGGCCGUCAUCAUGUCCAAAGCUACCGAUCCCAUCCAGCAGCUCUUUGUCAACAAACUGCGCGAAUAUGCCAGCAAGAGCCAAAGCGCCGGUGGCAAACUAGUCGACGCAUCGCCGCAGAUUGAACGCGAACUGAAGCAGGAACUGGAGAAACUGGCCAAGCAGUACGCUAUUACCGAUGGUGACGUUACGGCUUUUCCCUCGUUCAAAUUUGAGGAACCGAAGCUAGGUCCGAUCAACUCUAGUAACUAAACUCGUUAAAUCGUCAACAGUGCAAAUAAAAUCUUUUCGCGUAAUAAUAAAGCUCUAACACAGUUCAA